CUCUGUCACCCCUCCCCUCCCAGUGGAGCCUACAGUGACCAUCUCCCCAGCCAAGACAGAGGCCCUAGCCCACCACAACAUGCUGGUCUGCUCGGUGACGGAUUUCUAUCCAGCCCACAUCAAAGUCCGCUGGUUCCGGAACAACCAGGAGGAGACAGCCGGCGUCGUGUCCACCCCCCUGAUUAGGAAUGGGGACUGGACCUACCAGAUCCUGGUGAUGCUGGAAAUGACCCCCCAGCGAGGAGACGUCUACACCUGCCGCGUGGAGCACCCCAGCCUCCAGAGCCCCAUCGCAGUGGAGUGGCGGGCACAGUCUGGAUCCGCCCAGAGCAAGAUGCUGAGCGGCGUCGGGGGCUUCGUGCUGGGGCUGAUCUUCCUGGGCCUGGGCCUUGUCAUCCGUCACAGGAAACAGAAGGGGCUCCUGCGCUGACUCCUGAGGGUGUACUUUGACUGGGAUCUGCUGUGUUUCCUCUGAAAUGCCUGCUUGUUGUCCUCGCGCAGAUUUCCCAGCUACCUGUGAGCCUGCUCCCUCUGAGAUCAGACCUGGCCAGUCAUCUCCUGUGCUCCCCCCGCCCCCCACCCUUGAGGCCAUGGCUGUGACCUUGGAGUCUGUCCUGUGGGCUCCCAGCUGAGUCUACUUAAGGCCCCAAGUCAUUUUCUUUUUGUUUUCUCCCUACCUCCACCCCCCCACUGUCCAA